UCAACAAACUGAUUGUUAAUUUACUUGUGAUAAUUUACGCUAAUCAUCAUAAUAAUCUUAUAAUCAACAAUUAAAAAGUUAACUAACCUGUUAAUCCAAUUAAUCUUACAAGAGAUUUGUGUAAAGAGAAACCCAAUCAACUAAAACUUUAACAAUAUCUUUUUAAUGGCAAAUCCAUUUGAUUCAACAUUUGCUUCAGAAUUAAUUGUUUACAAUUUACCUUCAUCAUCACCGUUGAAAUGAUUAAAUAAAAAUAGUAUUUAAAUUAAUUAAGUUGACCAAGGAAAAGAGAAUAAUUAUUUUUUUAAAUUACAAGUUAAUUUUUCCCGCUUUUCUAUUUCUUAAUUUGCUAAUAAUAAUUAACCUUUGAAAAUCCUCGAAAUCAGUUAAAUGUAUUAUAUAAGGUACGAUUAUGAAUUCAAUUGUUGAAUUAAUUGUUAGUAAAUUUCUAAUUGUGUCCGGUUAUGGUUAAGUUAUGGUUAUACAAUUUGUAAACAUGUCGUCGUCGUCGGGGACAGCAACGGUAAUCAAUUGUUCAAAUGUUAAUUGUAACAAUAAUGAUCAUUACAGUGAUCAGAUUGGUGGUGGUUCCAAUUUAGGAGGUGAUGAUUGUGUCGGUGUGGGUGUUGAUUGUGGUGAUAAACCAAGUCUCUCAUUGAGUUUAUCCAAUAAUUCAUCGUCUUCAUCUUCAUCAUCUUCAUCUGUCACCGGUUGUAUCGGUGUAAGUGGAUACAAUUUCAAUAGACCGAUAGUUGGCCUGAGUAAAUUUCACCAACAAGACGCGGCCACAUCACCGACAAUCCCGUUACUAUCAACAUUAAUCUAUGAUUGUAAUUCAUCAACAUUUUACUCAACCAAUAAUUCCGGUGAUGAAAUUAACAACAACAAUAGUAUCACACCAACAUCAACAUUAACAUCAAUCGGAUGCUCAAGUCCAAUAAUUAACCGAACCUCACCUCAAUUUAAUAACAAUGGUUCUGAUUUGAAUAAUAAUAAUAUAAUUAAUAACUUUAACAAUAAUAUUAUCACCAAUAAGAAUACAAAUAAUCAACGAUUAACCAAUAACGGUAAUGGUACAAUUAAAACGUUACUAAUCAAAUCAAAUUGUCGACCAAGUGACCUCGUAUGUAGCCUGAAAUCACCAAGUACUUGCCUUGCUUGUUAUACAAAUUGUUCAACUUGUAAUAAUAAUAAUAAUGGUGUUAAAUCAACAAUCAACACAGUUAAUUACGAUUAUAAUAGUAAUUCAAGUUUUGAUAGAUUAGUGGGUAAUCACAAUUCAAGUAUAAAAAGAUCCAAUAUCGGAAGAAGCGGAUUAAAUGGCCUCAACGGGAUUAAUGGAAACACUUAUCUACCAGAAUCGAUGAGCGGAUUAAAUUAUUAUGGACCAAUAAGUAAUUGUAGUUCCAAUUUAACCACUACAAUUACAACCUUUUCCACCGCCAAUACCACCACCACCACGAUUGUCGGUGGUGUUAAAAGUACAAUUAAUGUCACCGAUUUGGCUUUCAGUCAAUCUCAUAUUCCUAAAACAACAACAACCAUGAUCAAUGGCGGUGGUAUUACGAGUUCGAGAGGAGGAGGUUGUGGUCCCGGCGGUGGUAUAACUAUCCCGUCAAUCCAAAUAUCACCCACUGGUUAUGAUGAUCAUCAUCUGUCAUCAUCGCCAACUAAUAGUAGGACUUACGAUAAGUUUGACAACUUUAAUUCAAACAUUUUCAAUGACCAUUGCUCAGCAAUUAGCGCACCAUUAUCAUCAUAUUAUCUUGAUGAGCCCAAAAAUCAUAGUUGUUUCCGUAAAUCAAUUCCAACUAUGCCUAUCGCUUUAUCAGCGUUUCUUUUGCUACUUAAUUGUUUUCUACCAGGAUCAGUUCAUUUCGUCUGAAUUUCUCAUGAACUGGUCCUCAGAUCAUGUUCGGACGAUCGACCUUUCGACGUUACGAACUAUGGGAUUUGUGCUGAAUUUUGUGCUACCGAAAUAUUUCAUGGAACCCUCGUAGUUUUGGCUGAAUCUUGUUCUGAAAAUUUUGCUUAUUGUAAUUACGAUUUAAUAAUAGCCUGAUAUUGAUUUUAAUUGUCAAUUUUUGGGGACCACAAAGAUAAUUUAUUAAUAGUAAUGUUUCCAUGUAUAUAUUCAAGGUUAAUUGUGAAAGAAAACAAUCAAUUACAAUUGAGUCUCUUGGUAAAUUAUAUGUUACCUUUUUUUUUCAUUGUUCACCUGAGUCAAUCAAAUAAUUGUGAUCAAGUUAAUUGUUGUUGGUUGACCUGAUACACUCAAGUAUCAAUUUGAUACUAAAACUGUCCCAUUUAUUAUUGAUUAUCAAAUCAUUUUAAGUACAAUAAUUAUGUAUCAACAAUUAAUCAACAAAGACUGAGAUCUUAAAUCAACAAUAAUCAGUCAAUCAGUUUGAUUAACUUUACGAAUUGUCAAUCAAUUGGUAACUAAUCACAUCAAUACUUGUAAUAUAUAUAACAAUUAACCAAAGGAAAACAAAAUGAAAUGAAAACUAGGAAAACAAUUAACUUUGAUUGAUCCUGGUUAAUAUUGAUUAAAAAUGUUUCACCUUAACCAUAACCUUGAUUGUUUCACAGUUAGUUAAUUGCCCUUUCCUUGACUCUAAAAAUAUUUAGAAAAGUGAAAGAAAUCAACAAUUAACACACAAUCAACAAGACAGAAAAUCAUAUUGACAGUAACAAUCAAUGAAUUUGUUUAUCUAUUUUUCAACAGAUGAUGAAAUUGAAUAUAUAUCAUUUGAUGAUAAUCAUCAUCAUCAUCAUCAUCAUGUUCAUCAUCAACAGAAUCAUUUUAUCAUCAUCAUCAUCAACCUUUGAAUAAUAUACCAACAAUAAAAGUAUUAUAUCAUUACGAUUGUGAAUCACGUUUCCAACUUUUACCUUCACAAUUCAGAUAAAUUCAUUUACCGUUAUUUUUUUUUCUCAUGAUUCUUUUCAUGAUAAAAUACGAUACAUUCAUGAUUCUCUCUCUUUUCCUCUUUCUUUUUUUCCUAUGGAAUUUAAUAUUCUUUUUUUUCUAUGGAACUUUUUUCUUCAAGAAUUCUUUACCCUAAUAAUAGUCUGAAUACUCAUAAAAUAUGAUGAAAAAAAAAAUAUAAUUCACCAAGAAUCAUAAUCAUGAUGAGGAUAAUAAAAGGUAACUUAUAUUGAACAAUUUACCUUUGAAUUUGUGGCAUGAAAAAAAAAGUAAACAAUUUAAAUUAUUGACCAUAAAUUGUGAACAGGAAAAGUUGAUUAUUAUCAUGAUGAUGAUUAAGGUACCAUGUUGAAUUGAAUUUGAUUCAAUUUCUAAUGGUAACAAUUGUAAUCAAAUUAUAGUUGUGAUAAUAAUCAGAGGAUCAUUUUAGCCUCGAGCUGUAAUUGUUAUUUUAUUAGUUUAAAGCUCAAUUACAUUUGGUGAUUAUUAUCACUGUUAGUUAAUUGUUGCACAUUGAAAUUAGAUUAUCAAGUUUAUUGUUAAUGAGUAAUUUAAUUGACGAGUAAAACAUUGGAUUUAAUAACUUUCUCUGGUUAUAAUUUAUAUAACAUAAAAUGAUAACUUUUAAUUUGAUUAACAACAAUUUAACUUUUAAACUGUUAAUAUAAAAGUUAAUUUUAUUAACACAUAAUCAACUUUGCUUUUUGUUCAAUUUACCAAUAAAUUGUUCACAAUUAACUAAUGAUUAUCUCAACUGUAUCGUUUGCCUCUACAAUUUCAUUGGACAAUUAACUCCAAACUGAAUUUAAAUCGUCAAUCUAACAAUCGGUUAAUUAAUCACUUUCCAAGCAUUUGGUUAUCAAAUUAUAAUCAAACUAUUAGAAAGUGAUAAUAAGUAAUUAGUAAUUUUUUUCAUUGAAAUAUUGAUUUGGUUUGUUGUUCAUUGAUGAAGAAAACAAUUUCUCAUCUCCUCUCCUCGGGCUCAAUUAAAAGGUUAAUUGUUGUUUAA